ACAUGGGAGAGGAGGCGGCUCUGCAGGGGGAGGAGAGCCAGCUGCCCAAGGACAAGGAAGAGGAGGAGGAGGAGAAGGAUGCCGCCAAGGAAAAUGAACAUCUAAUUGCAGCUCCUGGUAUAGGGGGGUCCCGGGGGCUGCGUCAACACUGCACCACUGAAGCCUCAGCUGCUGGACCCUGCCGUGAUGGUUCGCAUACAGGUCCGUGUCCCCCUGUCCCUGUCCCUGUCCCCACCACCCCAUGUUCAUCCCAAAUUCUCACAGGUGGCUCUUCGCAUCCGUCCGAUGAACACUGCCGAGCUGGCGGAGGGGGCCAGGCCCAUCGCCCACCGCGUGGAUGAGCAGGUUGUGGUGCUGCAAGACCCCAUGGAAGACCCCGAUGACAUCCUGCGAGCCAGCCGCUCCCGGGAGAAAUCCUACAUCUUCGAUGUGGCCUUUGACUCCACGGCCACCCAGGAGACCGUGUACCAUGCCACCACCCGGAGCCUCAUCAUGGUUGUCGUCUCUGGCUAUAAUGCCACUGUGUUCACCUACGGCCCCACUGGCUGCGGGAAAACCUACACCAUGCUGGGCACUGAUGGCGAGCCUGGCAUCUGCGCCCGCACCCUGGGUGACCUCUUCCAGGCCAUCCAGGACGCCAGCGGUGAUGUGGAGUACGAGGUCUCCAUGUCCUACCUCGAGAUCUACAAUGAGAUGAUCCGGGACCUGAUGAACCCAUCGCUGGGCUGCCUGCAGCUGCGGGAGGAUGCUGGCGGCACCGUCCGGGUGGCUGGCAUCACCGAGGUCUCUGCCACCAAUGCUGACGAGGUCAUGCAGCUGCUGGCACAGGGGAACAGGCAGCGGACGCAGGAGCCCACGGCCGCCAACCGCACCUCAUCACGCUCCCAUGCGGUGCUGCAGGUCACUGUGCGCCGGUGGCGUCGGGGCAGGGGGCUGCGCCACGGCCGCCUCUUCCUGAUCGACCUGGCAGGCUCCGAGCGGGCGGCACAGACACAGAACCACGGGCAGAGGAUGAAGGAAGGAGCCCACAUCAACCGCUCACUGCUGGCCCUGGGCAACUGCAUCAAGGCCCUGAGCCACCGGACGAGCACCAGAUACAUCAACUACCGUGACAGCAAGCUGACCCGCCUGCUCAAGGACUCUCUGGGGGGCAACAGCCACACAGUAAUGAUCGCCCACAUCAGCCCAGCCAGCACCGCCUUUGAGGAGUCCCGCAGCACCCUCGCCUACGCCCAACGUGCCAAGAGCAUCCGCAGCACGGUGAGGCACAACCUACCUGGCGUCUCGUACAGCGUCAUGGCUGACCUGCACAGGGGGAUCCAGUGCCUCAAGGGCCAGGGAGAUGCCAAGCCGGGGCAGCCAGGGCAGGGCAAGCACCAGGAUAUCCCCUACAUCCAGGCCCAGGUUCGGCUGUGUGGUGACCGCCCCAAGUUGGGCUGUGUGCGAGAAGAUCUGCUUGGGACCUGCCGGGAUCAGGCAGCCCUGCGUGACCUCCUCCUCCGGCUGGAGGGCACCACGCUGCGUGCCCAGCACCUCCUCACCCUCGCCGGGACACGGCAGGACCAGCAGUGGAGCAAGGAGGAGCAGGGGGAGCUGAACGGCCCCGGUGACAGCGAGGGGGACUCAGACGCAGGGGAUGAGCAAUUGGAUGUGCCAGAGCCACCCAGCGUGGCUGUUGCCCACAAAAGCAUAGCGACUCUGCUGGAGGAACAGGGCGGGCUCCAGAAGCCGGAGGUUUGGGACCCCUGUCCCCACCGCCAGCAGCUGAAACCCCAUCCCCAGAAAUCUGAGUUUUACAAGUCUCAGCCCAGCAGCGUGGGUCCCCCAGCAGCCCUGGGGGUUCAUGGAUGCUCGUGGGCUGAGGCAGAGCUGGUGCAGCACUUCUGGCAGAGGCAGCAGGGCACACAGAGGCUGGAGGAGGCCCUGCGGCACCAGCGCAGCUGGGAGGAGCAGCGGGAGGUGCUGGCCCUGCUGUGCCGCCUGCACCAGCUGGAGCUGGAGCUGACAGAGUCACGUUCCCACACCCUGCUCAAGGGUGGCCUCCGGCACCUGCCAGCCACCACCAUGCGACACUUCGACUGGCACCAGGCCCUCUGCGCCUGCAUCAUCCAGCAGCAGCAACUCAUCACCGACCACCGGCUGCCGGUGCCGCAGUCACUGGAGGAGCUGUAUGAGACCUACCUGCGGGAGCUGGCAGAGGGCCCUGGGGAGACUGGCACCCUCAAGGUAGGGCAGGACACCCCCACCCUUCCAGCCCAUGCAGGGCCCUCACCCCCUGUCCCUGCCCAGGGCACGUCGCUGCCCAAGAUCCCACAGGUGGCCGGCACGGAGAGCCUGCCAGCCUCGGACUGGGACAGCGUGUGGGCACAGAGCUGUGAGCACCCCGCACCACCACAGCAGGGGCCCCGCUGUGACACCCUCCCACCCCUGCGCCCCACAGGGGACAGGUACAGCAUUCCAACCCCCAUGGUCAAGAAGACCCCGCAGGCACAGCACCUGGGGAGCACAGCAGUGCCUGCCCCAACUUCCAGACGGGGAACGGUGCUCCAGGAGCACACGCCACGGGCCAGCCUGGCCAGCCUGAGGACCCGGCACGACUCCUUCCCGGGUAGCAGGACCGGUGUGGUGGCAAUGCGCAGGGGCGAGCCAAGCGGCCAGCGGGGCUGCGUGGGUGGCCAUGCCCCACUGACAGUGCCACCAUGCCACAGAGUGCCCAGAGAUGUCAAGCAGCAUCAGGAGCAUCGCGGCCAAGGCUACCCAGCACUGGGCCCACAUCCUGGAGAGCGCCCACUCAGGAUGGCCACCCGAGCAGGGUGGCCGCGGGCUGUGGCACACCAGCAGCGAGGACAGCCUGGUGGGGACAGCCACCCGCUCCCUGGGAGCCUGGGUGUGGGUGUGCAAGAAGGGUGGCAGGGAGCCAGGGAAGAGGGAGGAAUUGAUGGAUGCCAAAAGGACAUCAAAGCGGUCACUGUCCUUCGAGGUCACCAGCCACAAUGUAGGUGCAGGUAUGGAGGGGCCGUGCCCCCGGCAAGGCGGCGCUGACUCGAGCCAGGAGGCAGUGGGGCUCCACGAGAGCGAAGCCAGCAGCAAUGCCAUGCCCUGAGGAGGAGGGCAGGGUGGGAAGGCCACCCCCAGCUCCCCUUGGCACCCCUUUGCCUGCCAUCGGGGUGUCAGCACCCUAUGGCACGCGCCCCCCCUGCACAGUGCGGGCCCUCCCCAAAGCAACGUGCCCGUGGACCCUCUCUCCGACAGCCAGCAGCCCCCAGGGGCUCCCUGCCACCAUCCCCCAUGCUGCAGGCAGGGGCACAGGCACCCAGCACCCAGGGAGCCCCCAAAGCACUGCCCAGAGCAAAGCCCCCCACAGGCAGCUGCCAGGUGAGCCCCUGGCUGGGAACAGGGUGUGGGGGGCCAUCACCCCACUCUGGCCUCAGCCCAGCACCUGGGGCUGCUGCUGAAGUGCCCCUUCUACAAGUGCUGGGGUCCCACCGCUGCCGCUCCAGCUCCCCACCACCCCCAGGAAGGGCCAGCGCCCGCAGCUCGGCUGCAUCACCAGGAACAGUGCCAGGGCCUCCAGCAAGGGCAGAUGGAGUCACCGGCACUGAGCGCCCUGCCAGAGAGGGGCUGGACCCCGUGCCAAGUCAGCGGGCUGAGCACCAAUCCUGCCAGCCCAAGCACGGUGCCGCAUACCCCGUGCCAAGGGCUGCCCACGGCACCCUGUGCCCAUGCAGCCCCCCAGCGCCAACCCUGCUGGGGGCGAGAGGCAGGGAGCCAGCUCCCCCCAUGCCAAACCCACCUGAAGGCAGGGACCCAGGAUGCAGAGAGGGACACAGCCACGCUGGGCGGUGACCCCAGCCGGAGCCACGCAGCUGCUCUGGGAAGGGCCCCUGUGGGUGCUGAGCACCCCGGGGAUGCAGCCAUCCACCCAGCAUCGCCAGGUACCGAUGGGGCUAACCUGAGUGCAGGGUGUCUGGACACACAUUUGUCCUUCCAAGGGUUUACAUUAAAAGGACAGAAACACGCUGAGCC